UUGAUUGAUGACGUGGAAUAUAUAUAACCGGAAUCUGUUAUCAGAUUCAAAACUGUUUCUCCAAGAAAACAACCAACUCCUCUCACAUUCUCUCGCUUUCUCUUAUUUUCCCUCAUUUUCUCUCACUUUCUUUUGAGAAUUGAAGUUGGGUACGUAUAACUUUGAAGAAAGAUUCAACGUUUUGUUGUUGUUCUUCUUCUUCAUCAUCAUCAAUCAGAAGCUGAUACUAUGAUUCACAUGGAUUAGGCAUUUUGCUCAAGAUUGCAAUGUCGUCAUCAACAUCCGACGUAUGGUUCUGUUGUGGGGAUUGCGAUAACAACCUUGUUCCUUUUAAUGGUCUCGUUAAGGAACUUGUUUCACAUCGCAAUAGCAAGAGUCGUUGGCUCCUCUUUCGCGACAAUGCUGGCUUGAAUGUGAGGUUUGAUGGAAGAAGGGCAAUUACUGAAGCGCCAGCCAGUGUGACAUCCAUUCAGGUUAGAGAUGCAGGUCGGAGCACUCAAACUGAUAUGGCAGAUAUCCACUGUGCUAAUUGUGAAGGUCAUGUUGGAUGGAAAAUAAUUCGUGAGCGCAACAAUCACCCAGUAGUCCAUAAAGGCCAAUUCAUACUGCAGAGUUUUUAUCAGGAUAGCUGGGAGAGUCAGAUAUUCGCUCCAUGCCAUAAAACACAAGGAAGAAAACAUGGCUGAAAUUUCUGAUUCUGUUUGUGUUCCUUGCUAUCAUGGCUGUACGUAGACAAGAUUUGACAUUCGUUUCUUUUCCCAUAACCAAGUGAUGCAACUCAAACUCAAAACCUGAAAUGCAAUACUAGAUUUACUUCUCUUCCAUUCAGUUUUCAUUUUGGAACCAAUGUGUCUCUGAAAGGAAAAAAUAUUCUCUACUUAGAAAAAUAAAUAAAUUGAAAAACUCAUCAUUUUAACAAGAGACAAAUCAUCACUUCAAUUAAUUAAAAAGUAAAUCUUUAAGUUAGCCAGUGUGUCUUAAAGAAAAUUAUAUUCAUUCAUAUUCAUCAUGGGGUUAAUUUAACCACAUCCUAAAGGCUUUAUAAUCAUCCUGCAUGUCUUUUUAAUUAGUUUUAGAAGAUUUUCAGAUUCAUUUAUUUGACUGCAAUGGACGGUAAUUGUUAACUUCAAAAAGCACCAACGAUUCUUUACUUUAAUGCAAACUCUUAGAAGCAUUUUAAGUUAUAGUUGAAGGACUUGGAGUUGGAGUGUUAAAAGCCUACAAAGGACUUGGAGUUGGAGUCAAAUAAAAAUACUAAGAUAAGAUGGAGUUAAAAGGCUACUAAAACUCUAUGUAAUUUAUCAUAAAACAGAAAAAUAAAAAAGAAAAAAAAACUAUAUAAAAAUAGGAAACACCUCUUUGAGAUGGACUUCAUAAACACACAGAGGGAGAUGGUGGGUAGUACGCAAGUGCCUGUUGGUGGCUUUAGAAUUCCAAAGCUAGAAGAAGCAGAAGAAGAAAUACGCAUUCUGGAUUAUAGAUUCAAAAACAAAGAUGAGUUCCUGAAUUCUAUGCCUCCUGGCUACAAGUUCUCCCCUACUGAUGAAGAGGUCAUCUUGUAUUACUUGAGGCCCAAGAUUGAAAACAAGCCAUUGCCCAUUAACAGGAUCGUGGAAGUUGAUCUCUAUCAGUAUGAUCCAGAGGAUCUUACAGCGUUGUUUCCUCCAUGCGGGAACUAUAAUGAUGAGAUUGCCGCAUGGUUCUUCUUUACACCAAGAGACAGAAAGUAUCCAAAUGGGAUGCGACCCAGCAGGAGGGCUGGCAAGGGAUACUGGAAGGCCAUUGGGGGUGAUAAGGCUAUCAAAUGUGAGGAUCAAACCAUUGGGUACAGAAAGGUGUUGGUUUUCUGCAGGGGAAAGACACCAAAGGGGGAGAAAACCAAUUGGAUCAUGUAUGAGUUUAGAGGCAAGGAACCCCCAAGAAGCCCUAGUGCAAAUACCAUGAGGUUGGACAUUGUGUUAAGCAAAAUUUAUAAGCAACCUAACAAACCCCUUAGAAGAAGAUCAUCAACCCAUGCACCAGAGCCCGAGCCUGAGCCUCCUCACCCUGUGAAGGUUGAAUCUGGUGGAAUGGAGCAAAAUGGGGUCAAACAAGGCUUUUCACGCAAGGCACAGGUCAGGAGCUGAACCAAAUAAUAAGUUAUGCUGAUCCAUAUGAGGAGCAGUGCUAGCUAUUAUAAUAGCAGCCAGAUGCCUCUCCAAACCCAACAGCCACAGCCCAAAACUGAAAUAUUCCAAACCCCUCAAGAACAGGAUAAUUUUGCUCUGCAAAACAACACCCAAUUCCCUAUCCUGGACCCUAGUGUCUUCAUGCCACUUCAUCAGCCUAUACACUCUAUUGGUCAGGGUCUAGAUUACUUCGAUAGAAUGAAUGGCGCCAUUGGCAACAGCAGCUUUGAUGCAGGGAAUAAUAUUGAUUUUGGCAACGUCCCUGGGUUUGAUUCAAUUGAUUAUGGAAACCCGGGUAUAUGUCCGAUGAUUAAUUAUGGCAACGAUGCUGUACCAAUGUCUUCAAACAUGAAUGGCAACUACGACCGUCGUUUGCUGCAUGGAAGAAACAAUAAUCGACAGCUAUAGUAGUAGACUAGUAGUUAUAUAUUGUGGGUUUUCUGGACUUAGUAGUGUUGUUAUAUAUGAGUGUAUUAGAUGUUAUUAUAGGAUUAUAUUUGUCAUUAAAGUUUUAGCAAUUUAUGACAUAUAGAUUAAAUACAUAU